GCAAAACGUGACUUCAAGAAAAACUUCAAGACCUACAAGGAUACCAAGAAGAAAGUCAAGGAGAUAAAGAAAUCACGUGUUGGUCCUUCGUACUAUCCAGUAGUUGCGAUGCCCCCUGAUGGAGCCUCCUCUGCAAGUGGUAGCCAACAGACCAAUGUAAAGCCUUUCAGAAAUGAUCGCAAAGAACAGCCAAAGAAGAAGGGUGAGAAUCGUGGUUACAAGCCAUCCAGCCGAAAAGAGGAUGCCAAUUUCACUGAAACAGAGGUUGUCACUCAGUUCAACUACAUGGAGAUCACCUUGCCUGCUGUGGAGUUGAAGGGCUUCAAUGGUAAGACCGAGACCACGACCCGAGGUCUUCGUUGGACGGUGUGUUUGGGGAUACGACCACCUUCACAAGACCGCCGUCCAGUUCCAUCCAUGAGUGUUGCCAUCUUUGCCUUCCGUGUGCCCGACCAGCCAAAAGAAUUUGCCAAUGAAAUGGCUGAGCCACGCAGUGAUGCCAGUCUGCGAAUGACGUUGUCACGCUUGGCAACACAGCCUGAUAAGGUCAAAGCCGAACUGAAGCAAUGGCUUGGUGAUCAAGCUCAUGUCUUGGAUAAGAAGGCAUGGGCCGAGUUGUGUUUGGAAAAUGCUUGGGAAGUCCGCAUAGAUCAGUGUGCCUUGGGACUUCGAUCACCGAAAUCAGAUUUGCCUGUUUUCAAGCCGACCCGAAUUGUAACCAGUGACGCCACUUUGGCAUCAGGCCUGAGACCUCUGCCAGAGGAUGAAGCUGCAUUCCGUGAACUCUCAAAAGAGCUUGCUGUAGGCCAGUUGGCCCCAGAUAUGGAGCGUGCCGACAACCAGCUGAAACAUCACUUUGGUUCAUACAUAGAUUUGUAUCCCUCAAAGCCUGAAGAUUUAGACAUGGAACUAGAAGAUGAUGUUCAAAGGGAACCUGAUGAGCCCGAGCAAAACGAAGAGGGCGCACCCAGAAAAAUCAGGCGAAGGUUUUACAGGUCUGAAGACUAUUGGAAGAAACGUGCGGCUGGCAUGCCGCCACUUGGACCCUUGCACGAAGGUCCACAGCCUCAAGUCAUCCGAAGCAUGGAUGCAAUUCCCGAUGCUUCUGGUCCUCACUUGCCUGACGAUGAUCAUGUUGAGAAGAGACGAAGGGUGACCAUAGAUUCUGAUAUAGAAGAACAAGAAUAUGAACCUUCCAUAGGAGAAACACCAACUGGAGAAGUUCCGGAAGUUCCGCAAAACCCUGAUCCAGAACCUUUGGAAGAUGUUCCUGCAGAGUCAUCAGAAUCAAGUCCGCCACCCGAUACAGAUCAAGUGAUGGAAGACUUGCAGCGUGCUGUCGAAACUCCUGUGCCAUCAGGAGACGAUGAUAGCCUCCAUGUCGCCAGCCGUUCCUUUGGCCAUCGGGACGAAGUCCUGGAAGUGUCCCUAAAUGUCAUGCCAGAGGACAUCACCGAAGAUCCACUACCCAUCUCCCAGUUUGCCAUGUCACAGCCCAACAAGAAGGCCAUGACGAGCGCACUCGAGACGCCUCUCAAUGAUGGUGAGAUCGUUUUCAUUUCGGGCCUGCUGCAUCGCGCCAUUGCCUUCAACCAAGGUGCCAAGGUGUUAGCCUCAUUCCGAGCGUCACUGGCCCCGAAGCAAGAGCAUGCGCCGGCCACCUACAUGAUUGAUGAGAUGAAGAACAUGUAUGAAGCUGGAAAAGGAUAUCCAGAGGUUGCCUCAGCCGGGAUGACAGAUGCAUCCAAGCGUCGUUUUGACGAUGCGCAUGAAGCCGAGAGCCUAGCCUCCUUCUCCGAUUGGAGCGCAGUUCAUGAAUGUGGAGCUGAUGGGCCGCCUGUGCCGGUGACUCUCAAGCCCUAUAAGGAGAUGAUGUUCAACCAUGUGAACAAACAUGUUCAGCCGCCUGAGAAGGACAUGACCUUCAGUCAGUGGGGAAAGACAGAGUGCCAGUUGCCGAAAGUUCAGGACCUCAAGCUGAACUACAAGCAGCUGAUCUUCAAAGCCAACUCAGAUGCAGAGCUCCGAGACUAUUUGGUGUGGUUGAAAGGCCGAUUUGGCACCAAUGAGACCGGAGAGCCCAAGGGUAAGGUUACUAUGGCCGUGGACCUUGCGAUGUAUCUGGAAGCUGUUGGAUGGAGUCCAUGCAAGGACAAUGGAUCUACAGCUGUUGCUUUCAGUCGCAAAUUCAAAGACUGA